AUGUGUUCGUUAUCGAUGCAAUUAUCAUUCUUCCAAUCAUCAUCUCGUCCUUCGUCGUCGUCUUUCUCACCCAACCAUGAACCUAAACUCUCUACUACUUCCUCUGUGACCUUCCCCUCCAAAUUGAUGAAGAAUUUGAGUUUGAAGAGUCGAAAUUUGUAUCUAAGUGUUAAAGCUUAUGAUGAUUCUUCAAAUAAACAGCCUUCUGAUUCUUCUUCCACACCUCCCAAUGGCACUCGGCCCAGAAACAGGAGGGAUAUUCUAUUGGAGUAUGUCCAGAAUGUUAAGCCGGAGUUCAUGGAGUUGUUCGUUAAACGUGCUCCUAAACAUGUGGUUGAUGCAAUGCGGCAAACUGUGUCGAAUAUGAUAGGAACGCUUCCUCCGCAGUUUUUCGCAGUUACAGUCACCACUGUUGCUGAGAACCUUGCACAGCUGAUGAUGAGCGUCUUGAUGACUGGAUAUAUGUUCAGAAACGCUCAAUAUCGUCUUGAAUUGCAACAAAGUUUGGAGCAAGUUGCUCUUCCUGAACCACGUGAUAAAAAGGAGGGUGAUGAAAACUAUGCACCUGGAACUCAAAAGAACGUUUCAGGGGAAGUUAUCAGGUGGAAUAACAUCUCUGGUCCUGAGAAAAUUGAUGCAAAAAAGUAUAUCGAGCUUCUGGAAGCAGAGAUCGAAGAACUCAACCGUCAAGUGGGAAGAAAAUCUGCGAAUGAGCAGAAUGAAAUUUUGGAGUAUCUGAAAUCUCUCGAACCCCAAAAUCUCAAGGAGCUUACAAGCACGGCAGGUGAAGAUGUUGCGUUGGCCAUGAAUACAUUUAUCAAGCGGCUUCUAGCUGUGUCCGACUCCGACCCAAAGCAAAUGAAGACGAAUGUGACAGAGACAAGCGCAACAGAACUAGCAAAAUUGUUGUAUUGGCUAAUGGUGGUGGGAUACAGCAUUCGCAACAUCGAAGUCCGUUUUGAUAUGGAACGUGUGCUUGGCACUCAAGCCAAGCUCGCAGAGUUGCCUCCUGGUGAAAUUAUUUGA